AUGGCUAAACUAUCAAAGGCAAAAAAAAAACAACUUUAUAUUGAAAAGCUAAGUUCAUUGAUCCAACAGUACACGAAAAUAUUAAUUGUACAUGUAGACAAUGUAGGAUCAAAUCAGAUGGCUACUGUGCGCCAAAGUCUAAGAGGAAAGGCUAUAAUAUUAAUGGGAAAAAAUACAAGAAUAAGAACUGCACUGAAAAAAAAUUUACAAGCUGUUCCACAGAUAGAAAAAUUGUUGCCAUUAGUAAAAUUGAAUAUGGGUUUUGUAUUUUGUAAAGAUGAUUUAACCGAAGUGAGGAGUAUAAUUUUGCAGAACAAAUCACCUGCACCAGCAAGGUUAGGUGUUAUAGCCCCAAUUGAUGUUUUCAUACCCCCAGGACCAACAGGAAUGGAUCCAUCUCAUACGUCUUUCUUUCAAUCACUUGGUAUAUCUACCAAAAUUGUGAAAGGACAGAUAGAAAUUCAAGAACAUGUACAUUUAAUUAAGCAAGGAGAAAAAGUCACAGCAUCAUCAGCAACCCUUUUACAGAAAUUUAAUAUGAAACCAUUUUCCUAUGGUGUUGAUGUAAGAACUGUGUAUGACGAUGGUGUAAUUUAUGAUGCUAAAGUUUUAGACAUAACUGAUGAAGACAUUUUAGAAAAGUUUGGAAAAGGUGUUUCAAAUGUUGCAGCAUUGUCAAGAUCAAUAGGUGUAAUAACAGAAGCUUCAUAUCCACAUGUGUUUGUAGAAGCAUUUAAAAAUAUUGUUGCUCUAGUAAUUGACACAGAUUAUACUUUCCCAUUAAUGAAAAAAAUUAAGGACAUGAUUGAAAAUCCACAAGCAUAUGCAUCCGCUGCUCCAGCAGCAGCUACAGCCAAAGCAGAUGAUUCUAAAAAGGAAGAAACCAAAAAGCAGGAAGAGGAGGAAGAAGAGGAAGAGGAUGGUUUCAUGGGAUUUGGAAUGUUUGAUUAA